AUCGCGAUAUCCGCAAAUUAUGAUUAUACAUGGCGCACGUUUGAAGAGGAGUUGGUAUUAGUUGGAGUCGUUUCACUACAGAUGAGCACCCAGCCGUGUCAUGAUAUUUUGAGUCUUACAGGGCAUUGAAGAGAUCGCAAUGUGGCCUGUCAACCAAUGGCAAGGGCAUGGACAAUGGGGCAUGCAAGCCCAGCAGCAAUACCAAGCAAAUGCGGCCACCGACUGGGCAGCCUUGGCACAAGAAUGGAUCCGACAGAAAGAAUCAACAGGACCUCCAACGUCUCAUCCCCCUGCAGAAGUGGAGCACCCUCCCUUACCCACGCAGGUCCCUCCAUCAGUACCAGCCCCACCUCUGGAUAAUGUAGGCAACAAAGAAGGUGGAGAUGGCAUGAUGCACCUGCUACCACCCCCACCCCCACCUCCACCCCCAAAGAGCAUGGCAGCAGACCAACAACACCCCCCUCACUUACCCCCUACAAGUGCACCUAUGGCCUGGGACUGGAAUCACCAAAAACCUAGCACACAUUGGCAUCAGCAACAGCAGGAGCAGGAGCAGCAGCAGCAGCAGAAUUUCUCCACACCACCACCGCCACCACCCCCUGGCCCACCCCUGGGUCCUCCCCAGGGUCAACCCCCGCCGAUGGUCGCCCCUCAGAGGUUUGACUACGCCCAUGGUGCGGGUAACAGUAGCUCGUUAAAGAGGUUUGAUCACCAUGGUGAUGAAGGGAGAGGUUUAGCCCCUCCUCCUUUCCACCACCAUUCCUCUAUUCCUGCCGAGAGAUUUGACUAUAAUCAUGGUGGGCAAAGCAAUGAGUACCAACCCCAGAAUUAUCAACAGGGAUACGCCCCAAGCCAACAGCACUGGCACCCCCAGGGAGGCCCUCGUGACGAUUUCUACCAGCAUGACAUGAACAUGGGUGGUCGGGAGCAGCACCCUCACACCGACCACCACCAUCCAGAGCGCUACCACGGUAGGGGCAGGGAUACUGGUAAAGGAUACUCCGACUAUCGCACCAUGGACUAUACCUCCCAGCCUCCAUUCUCGCACUACCCACCAGAUGUAGAGGAGGAGGAGCCGACGCCUGCCCUCGAUGAGCAGAAAAUCAAGCUUUUGCCUGCUUGGAUAAGAGAAGGCCUGGAGAAGAUGGAUAAAGAAAAACAGAAGAAGUUGGAGAAAGAAAAAAAGGAAAAAGAGAGACGAGAACGCUUGGAAGCUAACAAGAAGGCCGAGAACGACAUCAUCAAUGAAGCGAGAAUCGCAGCCGGUCUUCCGCCAAAGUCCAAAUACGACGAUAGUGAUGAGGAAGGAAGAGGGGAUGAGAAAGAUGAGGAUGGAUUGAAAAGUAAGAGAAUGGAAGAGGAAGGAGAGGAGGAGGCAUCGACCAAGGGACGCCAGCCUCAAGUUGUUGAGGAGGAAGAGGAGGAAGAAGAGCCUUACAUGACUGAGGAAGAAAAACAACAGCAGCUGAUGAUGAAGAUCAGGAAAUGGAUGACAGAGAUCCUUCUCGAGGUGACGUGUAAUGAGAUCAAAGUUAUUGCUUCCGAAGUUCAUAGAAAAGCUAAGCUAAGAGCAGCCAAAGCACCAGCUCGACAGCUUUCUAAUUCCACUGCUUUGGCUUCCAUUACUGGCCUGUCUGGUCUGACAUCAUACGCCUCCGACAGCGAGAACGAAUCUGAGAGUGGGAACGAGGGAGAAACCAAGGAGGAAGAAUCGGACAGCGAGGAUAGCGAUCUUGAGUUACAGAGGAGCAUACGGACGAAAAAAGAACAAUGGAGACGGAAAAAACACGAAAACAUGUUUGCGACGUCUGACGCUGAAAGUGAUCAGGAACAUGGAGACGACAGAGAAACAUCAAAGGAGGAUUCUGCCGACCAGAAGCCCGUCUUCAAACGACCCGAAAGCGACGAUAAAGGGGAUGAUCAAGUAGAAAAUGACAGGAAGUCAGGCAGUGGGAAGGGGGUGAAAGAUGAGAGUAAAAAAGAAACUACCGGAGAAAAGAAAAGAACUGGGAGGUGGGAUCAGAAAGUGAAGGCAGCGGUUAAACCUGAAGCGGAAAGCUCGAGCUCAGAGAACAGCGAUAGCAGUAGUAGUGACAGUAGCAGUAGUAGUGGCAGUGAUGAGAGCAGCGAGGACUCAUCUGAGGAUGAGAAGGAGAGGGUCAAGAGGAAAAAGAGCGAUAAGAGCAGAAGCAGAGAGGGAAAGACUGACGAGAAGAAGAGAGAGAAGGAAGAAGAUAGAGAGGGUGAUCGGGAAUCAAGAAGGGAGAAGGAGAGGAGAAAGAAAACGGAUAGAGAAAGGGGUAAGAACCGUAGUAGGGAUAAGGAGAAGGAUAGGGAUCGAGAUCGGGACAGGGAGAGUAGGAGACACAGAAGCCAGGAAAGGAGCAAGAAUCAUGAUGAUACGAAAGAUAGGAGGAAAAGUAGAAAGGACAAAGAUCCAGAAAAGAGCAAAGAAAAACGAAAGAAAAGUAGAGAAAGGGAUGAGGGGAAAAGUAGAGAGAAUCGGAAUAGUCAGGAGAGGAAAAGGGAAAGGAGUGCUGAUAGGGAUAGAAAGAAGAGGCGUGACAGGGACGAUGACUCUAAACACGGUCGAGAGAGUAAACAUAGCCAUAGUUCUAGGGAUAGGGAGGAUAGAGAACAUGGGAAGAGGAGGCAUAGAGAUAGGGACAGGUCUAGGAGUUCCGAAAGUGAAUACUCCAGCUCGAGGGAUUCCAAACGCAGGAGAUCUAGGACUCCCAACGAUUCCAAAUCAAAACGGGACUCGUCACGUCAUAAAGAUCGCUCUUCCAGUAAACGGCACAAGGACAAACACUCACGGGAUUCAUCAGACGAUGAGGGAAGCGACCACUCACGGGAUCGUCGUAGCAGUACGCGGAAGAAAUCCUCAAGGCGCCGUUCAAGGUCAACAUCGGAAGAAUCCCAGCACAGGCGAUCAAGGAAAAAGCGUCAUAGAGAGGCAAGUGAGGAUUCGUCUGAUUCGAGAGCCGACUCUUUAGAGCGGUCUCACGGAAGCAGGUCCGGUAAGGUGUCGAGUCGCAAACGAAGGUCUAGAUCAACGUCAAGGUCUUCAAGACGUUGAUCGAAAUCAUGAAAUAGACAUUAACUUCCAAGUAAGUACAUCAGGGGGGUGUUUCACAAAGACAUACGUGUGUCUUAAAGUCAUGCUUACAUGAUGUGCAACAUGCAAUCUUAUUGGAUGAUAUGCAGUAUUGCGCGCCUCUAGGCAUGAUUGGACCAAUGAUGAAAUGCAGUUUAGACCGAAUUUCAAAAAUAUUUCAGUGCGACACUUUCAUCUUUGUGAAACAUCUCCCAGGAUGUAAAGUUGAUGAUGUAGCGAUGUACCGAUAAAGUUAUUUUUUUAGUUUGAGGGCAACUGGUAUGAUCUUUCCUGUAAAUUUCAACACAAUUUAGUACUCUCUUUAUCAGAAUGGCAUAAGGCAAAAGGGAGUGCAAAAAUGUUUCUUUUUACGCUUUAACGCUUAAUUUACCUCAUAUUGCAAAAAAUUUGUCCAAUGCUGAUGUGUGCUUUUGUCACAGUGCACCAAAUUGACGUCUGUUGCAAUCGCUUUAGUAGCACGCUGUUUUAUUCACAAGUCCAUUGUUUUGAAGAGUGGACUCCUUAAUUCAAAACAGUGUACUAAACCUUGCGUGCGGCGCACUAUCACCAAAGCAUGCAUCAGUAUUAGACAUUUUUCAUUAUCCAUGGUAUACCUGUAGUUAAAAUAAGCGUAAUUUGUACAUGAAAUCUUCAACCAACAAUUUAAAGAGACCUUUGUGAAUUCGGGCCUAAAUGAUUAGAUGAUUGAAUAAACUGUUUAUCAGCCGAUCUGAUGUAACAAAGUGCAAAAAGUUGACUAUAGUAGAAAGUAGACCAUCGGGCAUUAGUCUAAAAUACAAUGGCCUGUAGUAUGAGGUUCUAUGACACAGGGGCCGCGGAACCGGGGGGGGGGGUCUUUGGAAAAAACGUAAUAAUGACCAUAUGAUUGUGAUUUUUAGCAUGGUCAGCCCCCCUACUUUGAAAACCGUUCCGCGGCCCCUGUGACAUUUGCUCUGGCGAUAAUUCCUCUGCUGCAAGUUCCACAUUAAUUUAUGGCAUGACCAACUUCAACCCUGGAUUUAACACUAUACCCUAUCCUAAACCUAAC